GAGGGGGCGUUGUCCGGCUGGUUCCGCCGCCGGCGUUGCCCUGCGAGCUGCGCUGAGGGCGGCGGCCGCAGGUGAAGAGCAGGCGGCGGGGCGGGCAGCGGCCUCCGAGGGCCCCUGGAUGGUGGAGCAUGGACCCCGUGGCUGCUCACAGCUGCCAUCUCCUCCAGCAGCUGCAUGAGCAGCGCAUCCAAGGCCUGCUCUGUGACUGUAUGCUGGUGGUGAAAGGAGUCUGCUUCAAAGCGCAUAAGAACGUGCUCGCAGCUUUCAGCCAGUACUUUAGGAGCCUCUUCCAGAAUUCUUCAGGCCCGAAGAAUGAUGUUUUUCACUUGGAUAUUAAAAACGUGAGUGGCAUCGGACAGAUCCUGGACUUCAUGUACACGUCGCGUCUGGAUCUUAACCAGGACAACGUACAAGUCAUGCUGGACACGGCCCAGUGUUUGCAAGUCCAGAACGUUCUGAACCUGUGUCACACGUUUCUGAAGUCAGCCGCCGCCGCUGCCGCAGACCGGCCGCCCGGCCUGCCUUGUCACAGCGCCUUCUCGCUGCAGGGUGCCCUGCCCCCGGACGCGAGCUGUGUCGUCGGGGAAAACUACCCGCCUCCCGUGCCGCAGGAGUGCCCAGCCGGGGUCCCGCGGGGUAAGGCUUUGGAUGGGUCGCCAGGCCACGCGCCGCCCUCAGCGGGUCUUCAUCCUUCGCCCGCAGAGCCCUCCAGACAAGCCCCCGACGCGCUCGACGGCGGCUGCGCAGAUCUGCCCUUCAAACAGCCAAGCUGUUACUACAAGCUCAGAAACUUUUACAGUAAGCAGUACUAUCGACAAGCCACCUGUCCCAGCCAGGAGAGGGCCACCGAGCAGCCGUUCCCUUUCGGCGCAGCCGCAGACCUCGGGGCCGUGGAGCACCCGCCCUGCGCCGUCCGUCAUCCCGCGUGCGCCCUGGAGUCCUCGGAGCACCUGCCUCCCAACUUCCUGGCCCAGCCUUUGAGCGAAUCGGCCCCUGCCCCGGCAUCCGACGGUGCGGGCCCGCCACCGCCCACCAGGCAGAUGAGGCUCAAGAAGGCCGUUCACCUGAAGAAGCUCAAUUUCCUCAAGUCGCAGGAAUCUGCAGAGCGCACCUCUGGAGCCAGAUCAGAUGAGAGCGUCACCGAGAGGACAGAACCUGCCAGUGACAGCACUGUCGAGAGAGUCCACAGCCAAAGGGCUGAAGACAAGGAAAGCGAAGAGCUCCUCCGUGCGGAGGAUUUUCAUUGCAUCAGUGAGCUGGGGAGGCCCGAAGAGCCCGCGGCACCGGAAGAGCAGCCCCAGACGCCUCCGUCCCAGAGACAGUACGCCUGCGAUCUGUGCGGAAAACCUUUCAAACACCCGAGCAAUUUGGAGCUUCACAGACGGUCUCAUACAGGUACACUGAUUCAGUCCCCGCAGGCAGAAGGGGGGACUCCCGCAGACCAUCAGACGCCACUGCCUGCUCCUGUUUUUGCGGGUAACCUGCAGACUCACUUACGUCGACAUUCCGGGGAAAAGCCAUACAUCUGCGAGAUCUGCGGGAAGAGGUUUGCAGCCUCCGGGGACGUCCAGCGCCACAUCAUUAUCCACUCAGGAGAAAAGCCACACUUGUGUGACAUCUGUGGUCGAGGGUUUAGCAACUUCAGUAAUUUGAAGGAGCACAAGAAGACGCACACGGCCGAUAAGGUCUUCACCUGUGACCAGUGCGGCAAGUCCUUCAACAUGCAGAGGAAGCUGGUGAAGCACAGGAUUCGGCACACGGGGGAGCGGCCCUACAGCUGUUCUGCCUGUGGAAAGUGUUUUGGAGGCUCUGGCGACCUCCGCAGGCACGUCCGCACGCACACUGGGGAGAAGCCGUACACGUGUGACGUGUGUAACAAGUGCUUCACCCGCUCGGCGGUGCUGCGGCGCCACAAGAAGAUGCACUGCGGAGCGGAGGACGGGGGCCGGGGCGCCCUGGCGGAGCUGGCGCAGGCCAUGGACACCUCUGACCUGGAGCGGUCCCAGAGCUCCGACUCCUUCUCCCAGGACAUGGCUGCGACCUUGAUGCCCGGGUCUGUUAAAAUCCCCGUCCCCACCGUGGAGGAAGACCCCGUGCCGGAGUUUGACAGCCACUGUAAGUUCCGGGCCAUGGCCCAGCCCCCCGGAGGGAGCGAGCAGGAGAAGCUCAGCCUGGAUCCCGUCAAGCUCGCUAAGCCCCACGUGCCGCAGGCGCCGCAUCAGGCCUACGCCUACUCGGACGUGGAGGCCUCGGCCGGCGCCGAGCCGCUGCAGGCGGACGGCGUGGCCCUGAUCCGCUCGUCCCUGGCCGCCCUGGACAGCCACUGCGGUGACCCCCUGGGCAGCCGCGCGGCCGCCCCCGCGUACAGGAACUCGGAAGGGCAGUUCUUCUCCAGCAUGACCCUCUGGGGGCUGGCGAUGAAGACGCUGCAGAAUGAAAGUGAGCUGGACCAGUGACCUCCGGCCUCAGCAUCUCAGCACCAGGAACAGCUCCUCGGCUCAGGCCUUCAGGGCUUCCGGGGAGCCGCCCUGUGACCAGCCAGGACCGGCCAGGUCCAGCCCCAGAGGAGCCUGACAGGAUGCCUCCUGGCGAGUUCAGCACACGGGAAGAGAGGCCCGCCAGCUCAUCGCAGAAGCCGAUGUGGGGCAAAACAAGGCGCUUCCCAGAAGCCAGAGGCUGGAGAGUCGGCUCGGAAGGUGGUGUGGACCGCCGGUAACUACUGUACGUUGUGGUCGUGGUAAAGGGAAAAAAUAUGUGGGUAAUAAUACAGAUAUUAUUUUUGCAUUUUU